AUAUCUAUAUAAUCUUUAAAUAAUAUUUUUCUUUUUGCGGUAUUGUGUGAAGAAUGAUCAAGUGACGUGUUUUUCAGUGCAAUAGUAAAAUUGUUAACGAUUUGAUUAAUUAAUUAAUUUAACGAAUGAACGAACGAACGAACGAACGAAAGAUAAUUAUAAUUAUAAUGAAUAAUUAAUUAAUUAAAUGAAUUAAUUUAAUGAAGACUCAAGAGAAGAAGAGGAUGAGGAAUAAUUAGACACUGAGAAGUAUCAACGAAUGGACAAAAAGAGAUAGAGAGAGAGAGAGAGAGAGUAAGAGAGUGUAACAGAGUGAGAGAGGAAAAGAGAUAGAAAAAGAGAAAGAAGAAGAAAAAAAAAGAGAAAGAGACAGAAAGAAGAAAGGAAGAACGAAAGAAACGUAGUAAGGAAAAGAAAUAAAUGAUUAAUUAAAUAAAGAAGAAAUGGAAGAAUAGAAGACGUAUAAUAAUAAUUAAUGACAGAAAUGACAAUAGAAAUACUACGAAAGAUAAUGGCAAUUAUCGUCCUUUCUCUUUUAAUAUAAAAAAAAUUUCCAAUUUCUGCCGGACAGAAGUUUAAUAACAAGGAACCGCUGCCAUCGUACGCGAUGGAGUUGAGCGACGAUUAUCAGGACAUGGUUAAUCCAGGUGGUGGCGUUUCUAUGGGGAAUAUACAACCUAUGGGACAUCAUCGGCAUACACCUGAAAGUCCUUUGUCCCAUCAAGAAGAAGAUUUAUCAGAUCCCGAUUUACAGGAUGAAGAAAGUGGAGAAGAGUUACCACAGCAGCCACACGCUGGACAUAGUACUACACAUCAGAAUCCAUCGGAACCACCGUCUAUAUCGACCAACACAACUUCCACACCUUUGACAAAUCUCAACACACUCAUGAAUAGCCAUCAUCCACAUUUUCUAGCCAAGUUAAAGAUGGAGGCCGACGUCGAUAUAUUGAACAACAAAAGUGGAUUGGAGGCAUUACAAGCGGCAAUGGGUAGCGGUGGUUUCAGUUUACCAUUUACGUUUCCACCAACAUUUUUACCACCCCAACACCAUGGACAAAACAAUCACGCGCAAAGUGGAUUGGUACCAUCUACGUCAUCGGCGGCCGCAGCCGCUGCGGCCGUAGUCGCAUUGGGAUCUGGAUUAGGAGCAGGAUUAGGACCACCAGGACUAAACACGGCGACCGGAAGCAACAUUAAUCAAGUGGCUACAUCAUCGUCUAGCUCGCACUCGAGCGAAUCAUCGCAUUGCAGUGGAAAAACUGGAGGAGAAGCACGGGAUCAUUCUGCUGGUAAUAGUCAUUCCCACAACGCUAACAGCAACAAUAAUAACAACAAUAACAACAACAACAAUAACAAUUCAACAUCUAAUCAUCAACAAACUAGUUGGAGCUUCGAGGAGCAGUUCAAACAGGUGCGUCAGUUGUACGAGAUUAAUGAUGAUCCAAAACGAAAAGAAUUUCUCGACGAUCUCUUCAGUUACAUGCAAAAACGUGGAACACCGAUCAAUCGAUUACCGAUUAUGGCAAAAUCAGUAUUGGAUCUUUACGAACUAUAUAAUCUUGUGAUUGCUCGUGGCGGUCUGGUCGACGUUAUAAACAAAAAGCUUUGGCAGGAAAUCAUCAAGGGUCUCCACCUGCCUUCUAGCAUAACUUCCGCCGCAUUUACUCUUCGCACUCAAUAUAUGAAAUAUCUCUAUCCAUAUGAGUGCGAAAAACGACGAUUAUCGACUCCUGCGGAACUUCAGGCAGCAAUCGACGGUAAUCGUCGUGAAGGCCGCAGGAGCAGUUAUGGGACAUAUGCUGCUGGUGGGCCAGGUAGCGAAGGCUUGGUCCAAAGAAAUCCACCAAACUCGUUGGCGAUGCGGGCCCAAAUGUCACCAUUAUCAUUGGUGACAGCAGUCGCGGGACAUCACGGAGCUGGACAGUCAUUGGUUAACGGACAUUCAGCUCACACAAGUAUGUCUCAUCACCAUCACCAUCCGCAUCAUGCUCAACAUCCCCAAGGGCCAUUGAGCCAACCGCCAACCUUAUCUAUGACAAAUUUGGCGCCGUCCGAAUUUGAAGCGCGUAUGGUGGAAUACGUAAAAUUAUUAAACAAAGAAUUAAGAAAUGCAGGAGCAGGCACUCCUCCACCAAUGAUAAAUCGUCAAGGAAGUUCAACACCACCUUCGUCGACCCCACCUAAAGAUACUAAUACGAGUGGUUAUGAGAUGUCACGGUUAACCCUAUGGGGAAUGUAUGGUAAUAAUAACCCCAUCUAUUCGGCAGUAAUACACCAACCACCAUUAUCACCACAAACGUCACAAUCUCCGUUACAACAUAUAUCUAGCCCUGAACCUCAAAGGGAAGCAUUAGAUCUUGGACUUAGGUCGUCACCCGCAUGUUCCUCACCGUCUGGACCAAGUCCACUUUCAUCUGGCAGCAGUUUUCAUGUUAGGAAGGAUAAUGAACAAGGACCACCAGCCGCUAAAAGAUUACUAUGCGAAGAGGAUAACCCACCUGAUAAAAAUCCUUCUAUUACAGGAACCCAUAUCAAGAUUUGCAAUCGAGAUGGGAAAAAUGGUGAAAAUUCCCUAGUAGUCAGCGUAGAACUGAACGGUGUCACAUAUCAAGGAGUACUUUUUGCCCAAACGGAUUCGAAGAAUACCACAUCGUCAUCAUCAUCAUCAACAACGACGUUGACGCAUAAUGAAAACGGAAAAACAUCACGGAGCAUUGCAUCGUGAAUGCGUUAUAUAUUACAAAUAAUAAAAAUAAUUUAGGUUAACUUCAAGUUUUUGUUGUAUAAUGUAAGUUCAUAAUAAUAAUAAUAAUAAUAACAACAACAACAAUAAUAAUAAUAAUAA